CAACAUCAUUUUCACCGACAACAACACAGAUUAUUUCUUCACUUCCUCCAUCGACAACAACUAGAACACAGACUGCUUCAAUUCCAUCUUCAACAACAACACUGCCGCUCACGCCGGCACCAUCAACUGCAUCUUCAUAUGCCUCAACGGUUUUCAAUGAGAACCUCAUGUUGUUUGAAGAACAUUUGACAGACUUGGGGUCUGGAAACAACAUCGGUAUUGCCAGUAACAUCAACAUCAACAAUGCUAAAGCAAGCAUCCCUGACACAAGUGGUGCUAGCAACAUCUCCGACAGUUCUCACAUGAAAAAAGCAGAUAUUAUAACCAGCUCUCUGUUUGCUAAAAGUUCAAGUGGCAGUUCAAAAUCGGGGGAACCUUGGGUCUUAUGUGAUGAUGCUUCUUGGAAGUAUUAUCAGGAGGAGUCAUUAGCUUACAAAGCCCAGAACAAGAUGUUGAACCAGGAGAUAAUUGAGUUGAAUGAUUUGGUGUGCUCUCUUGAAACUAAACUGGAUGAGUCUCAGAUAUGUGUGACAAAGUUGGAGGCCUCUCUGAACCACAUGAAUAACAAGUUCUGGAAAUGUUACUUUGAUCUCAAUGAACUUUGUACAAAUGAGGUCGCCAUAGUUACCAGUGAUAAAUUGAAGCAGAUUUUCGAAGAUUCACUGCAGGCUGAUGAUUCGGAUAGCAUGUUUGAUAGGAUGAGGUCUAAACAGGGACCAGUCUAUGAUCAAUAUGGAUUUGAGAAAACGUUGAAGAGGGAAGCAACAUUUACUCAGGCAAAUGAUGGAUCAGAAAAUAAUGAACAACAAUCUGCGAUGAAAAGUGAGAUGAUCAAGAUGAAGCAAAAGUCUCAGCAGGAUAUGAAUUUAAUCUUGAAAUGGGAAACAAUGCUUAUAAGCUUGGAACGUUGUUUAACGUUCAAAAACAAAGAAACGAAAAUGAUGAUCAGAGAUGGAGUUCCCAGUCAAUUCAGAGCUCGUCUCUGGAAAGU